GUUUUUUGGGCUGAAAUAUCUCUAUGAAGCCCAAACAGAAUUUUAACUUUUAUUAGUGCUCUAGAAUCGAUUAACUGUCCUCUAUCUAAUGCUGAAACUCCCAGGUCUGUAGCUUGUUCCUAAACCAAAUGGCAAAGACAUCUUUGGAGCCUACUCUCGAAAUUUUCCCAAUUUUGCACCCACCCUCGGAUAAAAAUAUGGAAUUAACAAAAUCUGUCCUAUAGUGGAACUUCAUUAGCACACCUAGCUCUAUCAUUCCUAGUGGUUUCAUCAAAUUAUGUUGGAUAGAAAAAAUUCAGGACUCAAAGGGUUAAAGUACAAAGUACGGUGUUUCUCCCUUGGGAUUACCUCGAAUAGGCCUUGAAGAGAUAUUAAGAGUGCCCCUAGAUAGCCCUUGAAGAAAUAUCAACACUACUCCUGGAUAAGCCCUGAAGAGAUAUCAAUAGUGCUCCUACAUUGUCCUUGAAGAGUUAUGAAGACUACCUGCGGAUGGCCCUUGAAGAGUUACAAAGACUAUCCCAAGAUAGGCCUGAAAGAGUUAUGAAGAUUACCUCGAGAUAGGCCUUGAAAAGAUAUUAAGAAUACUCCUAGAUUACCCUUGAAGAAAUAUGAACACUACCCCUGGAUAGGUCUUGAAGAGUCAUAGAGACUGUCACUUGAUAGCGCUUGAGCAAAUGUGGAGAGUACUCUAGACAACCCUUAAAGAGUUAUAGAGAGUACCGCUAAAUAUGCCUUGAACUAUAUAAGUACAUUAAAGUACUUUAAAGUACAAAGUACGGUGUUUCCUCCUUGAACACACCUCUGCGGUUAUGUAAUUGUAGAAAUUUUUGCCCUACCUAUUUCUGUCUUCGCUUAAGCACUGUUUACAUUGGAAACGAACAUAAGCUUUUCCCAUCCAUGGCCAUGACAAGUGCAUUUGGGUAACUUCUAAGGAAGCAAACUAAAUUAAAUACUUAUUAUCCCAGCCAACCUGGCUGGAAAUGCAAACUGUUUCCGAUUUGUGGGCAGGUAGAUGACAAUUGUUACUCUUUUAAGCUUACUGAAGAUCGUACUCAGUAACUAUAUCAAUACAAUUGAAAUGGUUCAUUCUUGAAGCAAGCUUUCUCUUUUUUCUUCUCAGGUGUUCUAACGAAUUCCGUGGCCGAUUUAACUGUGGGUCUUCUAAUUGCAACAGCACGUCGAUUUUGCGAAUCAAUAGAAGCGGUCAAAGUAAAAGAUUCUUUUUCGCUUUCUUUAGAACGAGAAAUUCUAAAACCUAACCUAUUUCAUAAAUAUUUUUGGUUUUUCUUCUUCUAAAGAAUGGUGAAUGGAAUAAAUGGGGUCUGUUAUGGAUGUGUGGGAAAGGCAUGUCAGAUUCGACUAUUGGAAUCGUCGGGCUUGGUCGCAUAGGACUAGCAAUUGCUCGUCGUCUACAAUCAAUGGCUAUUAAAAAAAUUCUCUAUUCGGGUACUCGGAAAAAACAAUUUGAUAGCGAUGAAGAUAAACAACUUUUUUCAUUUGUUCCAUUCGAUCAACUUCUAGAAGAAUCUGACUUUGUUAUUAUUUCUUGUUCAUUGAAUUCGCAAACUAAAAACAUGUUCGAUUCUUGUGCCUUUAAGAAAAUGAAAAAAGAUGCCAUUUUAAUUAAUGUAUCACGUGGAGAAAUUGUUGAUCAAGAUGCUUUGUAUGAUGCGUUAACGACUGGGAAAAUUGCUGCUGCAGGUAAUAGCAAUAUAUAG